AUGUUAAGAGCAUCCAUAAUAUCCACUUAAUCUAAUAUGCAUAAGUCCUCACAAAUGUCAAUAGAAUAGAAAGCUAUGUGUAGCAUGUUUACUAUUGCAUGGAAAGUAAUAUAUAAAGGCUCAUAUGUAAAAGGUAACAAGGUUAAUAUAUGGGAUAUUUUAUGUGAGGGAAAAGUGAUGUAUUUAUAAAAUUUUAAUUUGCUUAAGUGGUGGUGGAUAGUAUGAUGAUAAAGGGGAUGGAAUUAAGAUGGGAGAUUCGGUGGAAGCAACAAGCGGAAUUACAAUUUAUCAUUAAGUUAUUUGCAAAGGAUCUUAUGUAAAUGGAAAAAAAGUUGGUUCAUGGACAAAAUUGAUAAAAAGUAACGGUGAUAAUGAAAACGAUUUUUUAAAAUUGAAGAAUAAUAUUAUGAUAAUUGAAUUAUAAUUCUUCGAAUGUACAUCUUCAAUAUUCCAACUUUUAAUGAUUAUGAUAUAAUUUAAUUUAGGUCUGCAAGUCUUUGUGUAAUUUAGAAUUUAUAAUUUUAGUUAUUAGUGCAUGCUGACUGGCUGGCUUAAUUCUUUUAUUUGA